AUGCUGCUGAAGCCCAAGGAGGAGGGUGACACUCCGGCAGAUAGCGAUGUACGCGGCCUGCGCAAAAGCCGAGUUCAAAAUCCUUGGACAUGGCGACCUCUCACGCUCAUUACCACGGCUUUGGCGCUUCUGUCACUCUCUCUCAUUGUUCGCUCGUCCCUCAAACUCCAGGUCGAUCCGCAAGGAUGCGUCAUGUCGAUGAUGACACCGACCUACAUCAAGCUAUCCGGAUUCGAUUCCGAGCAUUCGCGCUUUGCGACUAAGUACUCGCUCUAUCUGUAUCGGGAAGAGGGGGUCGACGAAUACACACGAGAUAACAUAGGCUUGCGGGGAGCCCCGGUGCUCUUCAUCCCAGGGAAUGCUGGCAGUUACAAACAAGUGCGGUCCCUCUCUUCAGAAGCGUCCCGGUAUUACCACAACGUCUUGCGGCAUGAUACGGCUGCUAUCCAGGGAGGUGUAAGGCCUUUAGACUUCUUCACGAUCGAUUUCAACGAGGACCUGUCUGCCUUCCAUGGCCAAACUCUGCUGGAUCAAGCAGAGUACGUCAAUGAAGCUGUCGCCUAUAUCCUCUCUCUAUACCACGAUGCAAAUCGGCUGCGGCGAGAUCCUCAAUUACCCGACCCGAGCGCUGUCAUUCUGAUCGGACAUUCGAUGGGAGGAAUAGUUGCUCGCACUGUCCUUGCGACGCCGAAGUAUCAGGCAAAUUCGGUCAAUACCAUCAUCACUAUGUCCACUCCUCAUGCACGCCCGCCGGUCACCUUCGAUGCCGAUGUUGUCACACUGUAUCAACAAGUGAACAAGUACUGGCGAGAUUCGUAUCUGCAAAGAUGGGCUAGCAACAAUCCCCUAUGGCACACCACGCUGAUCUCUAUCGCGGGGGGAGGACGAGACACCACAGUUCCAUCAGACUACACGAACAUCGCCUCUUUAGUGCCAGAGAGCCACGGGUUUACCGUCUACACUUCGACGAUACCAAAUGUCUGGACAUCCAUGGACCAUCUUGCGAUCACCUGGGCCGACCAAGUGCGGAAAGUCAUCAUCAGGUCACUGUACGAUGUUGUGGAUGUCCGCCGUGCCGGACAAACCAAGCCGCGAUCCGAACGAAUGAAGACCUUCAGGAAGUGGUUCUUGACUGGACUCGAGGACGAUGCGCCAAAGGCACUAAAGGACACCGCACAUGAAGUUCUUCUCACGCUGGGCGAUGUAUCCAGAUCGUCAAUGGCCAAAGACUAUCAUGUGACUCUACGACAGCUUGGAGCUCAAGACGAGAUGUCUGCAACUUUGCUACCAAUCCCAUCUGUGGACAAUUCAACCUCGAAGCGGUUUUCCUUCCUUACAGAUCAGCAGAUGGAUGUCGAAGGGAGUCUUGAUAAGAUAGAAGUCCUGUUCUGCAGUGCCUUUCCCCUUGCCGGAGGUCAGACUUCGAUGCCAUUAUCUGUCCAGAUUGAUCUUUCACCCGGAGAUCCUAGCGCGACAAGGUUGGCAUGUAAAAGGCCUGCCAACGACGGCAUUCAGCUCCCUGCUUCCACAAGAACGUCACAAUUUGCGUUUGAGCAGCGACCAGCAUUUACCUACCUAAACUAUGAUCUUAGAGACCUCCAAGAUCAUCAAUUCGUGGCUGUCGUCGACAAGUCUAUCGAGAUCAGCAAGUCGUGGGCUUAUGGGGAAAUUGUAUCGACCGCUGACUCGGUCAUUCAAAGUGAUGUGAGCCUUCUGAGACUCCUCCUCCGAGGUCUACAUGUGGAGCUUCCUCCUAACCGACCUCUGGUGACCGAGGUUCGUAUUCCCUCACUAAAAUCGAGCUUGCUGGCCUACAAACUCCAACUACGUCAACAUGGCUGCGGUGCAGACUCGGAACUAUUCACACCGCUGUUGAGGCAGCAUAUUGACAGCCCAUACGAAUCAAAGUAUUUUGUCAAUUUCAAACAAGGAGACGUCAACCUUCACGGGGUAGCGCCCUUCAUGCCUCCCUCUUUGGACGGUCGCGAGGCGGAGGCCGGGAUUGCCUUUCAGAUUUGGUCUGAUCCAACAUGCAAUUCUUCUACGGAGAUUCGUCUAUUUGCAGACCCUAUCGGCAGCCUGGGUAAGCUCGUAGUGAGGUAUCGCACUGUCGCCGCGGCAUUUCCCUUGCUGGUGGUUGCGAUGGUGCUACGCAAGCAAUUUCGAGUUUACGACAACACUGGAAUCUUCAUCUCGUUCACCGAAAGUCUGGAUCAGAGCCUACGACUCGCGCUGCCAGUUCUCCUACUGUCCAUGACCUUUUUUGCCACCGCCUUUACCACCACGAGUUCUCUGAGUGCUGGUCCUGAUCAUCAUCAGCACAGUAAUGGAACAAGCAUCAAUUUUGCCCAGAACGACCUUCUGUUGGGGUCACAAGACACAUUUUUCUGGUUUCUGGUGCCUUUGGCGGGCCUGAUCAGCAUUGGGGCAUGCGUGGUAUUGAACUACGCUGUUUUGGCAUUGUUACAGCUCGUUGUCUUUGUCUCCAACCUGCUAUCGCAACGGUAUGUCAAGCUGGACGACAGUGAUAAGGGCAUUGCCUCUGCCUUCGUGGCAAGUACUCCCCGUCGCCGAGCCAUCAACACUGCGGUGCUUCUGCUCCUUGUUGCCACCAUAAUACCCUAUCCAUUCGCCUAUGUGGUCGCCUGUGUUGUCCAGCUUACAACGUGCUCACGAGCGUUGCGCCAUGCAAUGGAAUGCAGGUCUGGGCCUGCAUUCAACUUCUUCAACUACACAUACUCGAUACUUAUCUUAAUGCUCUGGGUCUUGCCGAUCAACGUGCCGGUCUUGGUUGUCUGGAUCCACAACCUCUCGGUGCACUGGUUGACGCCUUUCUCCUCCCAUCACAACGUCUUGUCAAUAAUGCCGUUCAUCCUGCUGGUCGAAACGCUCUCCAGCGGCAUGAUGGUUCCCUCUGUUCGGCCGUUCAGGUGGGCAACCAAUAUCCUAUUCUUUGUUCUCGCCGUCUAUGCCGCGUUGUACGGCAUGACAUACGCCUACAGAUUACACUACAUUGCGAACAUCAUUGCUCUGUGGUUGGUUUUAUUACAUUUCUCAACAUACCAAAGACGCGUGCCUGCAUAG